CUUUCGUUACCGUUCCAUCUCCGCCACGGUGGUCUCUCUCAACUAAGGAGCGCGAGCAGACCAACCUGCACUUGCCGACGUCACCUCUGCCGACCGCGCCACUCGCUCCACACACAGCCGCAUCCCUAUUCGCGACUCGCGACGCACAGCCAAGAUGACAGCCGAGAUGCAGAAGCUGGCCAACGACCCGAACUUCGUGGUGGAGUUCGCAGUAGGCGACCCUGCGCCCGUGCUGGUGCCGCAGCGGCGCGACGCGGGUCUGCGCAUGUCGGGCGUGUACUUUGACCAACCCAAGCGGUACGUGCUCAAGUCUGCGCACAUGUCGCGCGAGGACAACCGGAUCUUCGACCCGGACAACGGGCGGUGCAUCAUGGUGUCGCACCACCCGGGCAAGAACCCGUACGACGCGUUCGACCCGCUCGGGACGUCCAACGUGGAGAACCGGUACAAGGUGGCCGGCGGGGAGUGGGAGAGCGUGUGCGACGUGACGGCGCGCGCGCGGGGGUUUCGAAGCUUCAAGAUCCGACCGAAGAAGGUGAGUCGGCACGGGAGGCAGUACGUAAAGUUUGGAGAUGAGACGAUUAUGAACGUGGGCAAGGUGGGGAAGAUGAAGACGAUGAGCUUGAGGAAUCAUUUCACGAUUGGAAAGGGCGAGGAUGGGGAUUUGGUGUAUACGUGCGUGGCGGAUAUGACGGGGAGGACGGUGAUGUUUAAGAACCAGGAGGACGAGCUGGUGGCGCAGAUGGCCAAGACGACCAAGGCGCUGCUGCAGACGGUGGCGUUUGGGAGCGGGAGUGAGAGCACGAUUGACAUCGCGCCGGGGGUGGACUGCAGCAUGAUUCUGGCGACCGUGUUUGGGAUGGCACAGGUCGGCGAGCACUUCAUGGCCGAUGCGUUCAACAACUACGUGAUGGACCCCGUCAAGGACAGCGUGGUGGACUCGGCCGUGGACGCGGCAGGGCUGGGUGACGUCAUGAACGAUUACAACCAGCUGUCCGGACAGGCCGCUCGGCAGACGGGGAUGCUGACGCAGACCGCGCGCUUCAUGAAGCGAAACUUCUUCGAGUAGGCGCGUUUGGUGGGACGCGUAGACAAAGGUUGAAGAGCAAUUUCAAGUGAUAAAGUGCAUGUGCUUUGAUUUUAUUACAUAACGUGCGGUAAUGAUGCUUCUUCGAGGAGCCGACUGUGGUGGGACGCGUAGACAAAGGUUGAAGAGCAAUUUCAAGUGAUAAAGCGACUAUGGUGGACGCGUAGACAAAGGUUGAGUGGCGAUUUCAAGUGAUAAAGUGCUUGUGCUUUGAUUUAAUACGGAACGUGCGAAAUGAUGCUUGUUCAUACUGCCUCCGAGGCAUGCAUGCUGCAUGUUUGCGUCGCAAAGGCUUGUACACGUGUACGGGCUGGACGGGAUCAGAGAUCCGUCAACGCGUGAUCUGGUGUGGGCGGCGUUUGAUCCAGACCAGUCUGAGAUCGGAUUGUGGGCGUGCGCCGCAUGCGAUUUACAUUUCGCGAUGACGGCGCGGCGGCGAGGAAAGAAGCGUAAAAGGCAAAAGCUGUCUACACUCUUCGAGUCGGAGCAACGGGACGCUUGA